UUGACUUUGUUUAUGGUUUUCUAUACUUUACUCCUUUCCAGCUCAGAUGGACUUACUCAUGCUUUAGCUUUCGAAUUGUUCGAAAGCCCACCAAAGCAGUUCUCCCAUCUAAGAGGAAGGGAAUCAAAGAAAGAAGCUAAUGGCAACACAAACACCAGAAGAAACCUCAUUUUUGAACUAUAUUAACAUUCGGAAAUACUGUGAUUUUUUCCUUAAAGGGAAAUUUGAAGAACCAAGCAAUUCCCAUGACUUCUUAUCCUGCAAGAAAAACACCCAUCCAAAGAUUCUGAACGUUAAAUAUCAACAAAUUUUUGACUGAUCAAUCAACGCAUAUAAACCACAAAAGGCCAAACUAGAAUAAGGCUAAAGCCUUAUUUUGUCUCUUUCGGACAUUUUUAUCAGAACAAAUACCGCCUGAAAGUUCCACCUGGGGUUCAAUCUCUUGUCAUCAAACAAGGGAGUGAUAGAGAGACAAAUGGGGAAAGGGCGAAUGAGUGUGUUGCUGCUGUUACUGUUUUUGAGUUUCUGUUCAGCUUCUGAUCAGAAAUGGAGGAAAGCAAUGAUAUCGACUGACAAGGGGUCUUCCAUGAUGAUGAACAGAGUUGGGUCUUCCAUUCUGUUCCCAAUUCAUGGAAAUGUGUAUCCAACUGGGUACUAUAAUGUUACAAUCAGUAUAGGUCAGCCUCCCAAGCCCUAUUUUCUUGAUCUUGAUACCGGGAGUGACCUGACAUGGCUCCAAUGUGAUGCUCCCUGCGUCCAUUGUGUUGAGGCACCUCAUCCACUUUACCGACCCACCAAUGACCUAGUGCCCUGCAAGGAUCCACUUUGUGCAGCAUUGCACCCACCUGGUGACUACAAAUGUGAAAACCCAGAACAAUGUGACUAUGAGGUUGAGUACGCAGAUGGUGGUUCAUCCCUUGGGGUCCUUGUGCGAGAUGUGUUUUCUUUAAACUAUACAAAUGGAAUCCGACUCAGUCCUCGUCUAGCCCUUGGAUGCGGGUAUGAUCAAAUUCCAGGCUCAUCUUAUCACCCCUUAGAUGGAAUACUUGGCCUUGGAAGGGGAAAAGCCAGUAUUGUGUCUCAGCUUCAGAGUCAGGGUUUGGUGCGAAAUGUUGUAGGACACUGUUUAAGUGGAAGAGGUGGAGGAUUUCUAUUCUUUGGGGAUGGACUCUAUGAUUCUUCACGUGUGACUUGGACAUCUAUGUCACAGGAGUUAACCAAGUACUACUCUCCAGGGAUUGCGGAACUACAAUUUGGUGGGAAAGCUACGAGUGUUAAAAAUCUCAUUGUAGUUUUUGACAGUGGGAGCUCUUACACCUACCUUAAUUCUCAGGCUUAUCAAACUUUAACGGUUUUGUUGAAGAAAGAAUUAAGCGGAAGGUCUUUAAAGGAAGCCCCAGAGGACCAGACACUCCCACUCUGUUGGAAGGGCCGGAAGCCUUUCAAAAAUGUACGCGAUGUCAAGAAAUACUUCAAGACCCUGGCUUUGGCCUUUGCAAGUAGUAGCAGAACAAAAACCCAGUUUGAAUUACCCCCUGAAGCUUAUCUUAUAAUAUCAAAUAAGGGAAAUGUUUGCCUGGGAAUUUUAAAUGGUACACAAGUAGGGCUGCAAAAUUUAAAUGUCAUCGGAGACAUAUCAAUGCAAGACAGAAUGGUGAUCUAUGACAAUGAGAAGCAAGUGAUUGGAUGGGCUCCUGCCAAUUGUGAUCAGCUUCCUAGGUCCACAACUGGUUACAUGUGAAAAUAAUAACCAAAAAUCUCUUUAUCCUUCUGUCUUCAUCUUAGGUAUUAUGUAGAAGAUUACCCUGCGGGAAAAGCCUGCAAGACUUACAAGCCAGGAAUGGUUUCACUCUGUAUAUUUCUACUAUUAUCCAUGUGUAUUCUUUUAUAGUAAUGGUUUCACUCUGUAUAUUUGUAUUAUGCUGAUAUCAAUAAAAAUUCUAUUGAGCAUAG